UAACACUAAACUGUUGACGUCGACGCGGUAGCUCACUUUUGUUAUCUGGCAGCUGCUGUAUCCUGCAUUUCUAACCUGUAGCUGUGAUUCUUAAAUUUUUUAUUCUUGCUAAGUCUUUUUACAGCUCUCAAGUAGUCAAGUCCCAUGCCGAUUGUCUCACGUCGUCCAUAUUCUGCUAUUAACGUUUAUUAUGAAAUACAAUUUGUGAUGUGCUUUUCUCGAAUGUCGAUAAUUUUUUAUUGUAUUUAGAAUAUUUAUUUGCGGGAAUAUAGUUGUUUACGCCUGUCGUAAAAAGUGUCUAGUUUCAAUCUUUGCCUAUUGUCAUAACCAACAACCAUCAUGGCCGACAAUCCCCUGUCUGAAAAACUCGAGGAGAAAAUGAUGAAUUUGAAUAUUUCUAAUUUAUCAUGUUCAUCCGAAGUAAUUAGUCCUCAGGUUACAAUCAACGAUGACUUCAACAAUGAUGAUAUCAAGAAUAGUACAUGUAGUAAAUCAAUGGCAAUAAAGACUAAAAUAAACUGUUCAGAUAACCAAAAAUCAAAGUGUGAUGUUAUUUUAUCCAAGAAUCAAAAUUGUACAUGUAAUGAAAAAAGCAAUCACUGUGAUAGUGAUUGGCAGGACGUAGAAGAAAACAGCGAUACAUUUAUAAAUGAUUCACCAGAUUAUACAGUAAUAUUAACAAACCCUGUAUUUUUAGCAUCAAAUGUUGAACAAAAAAAAAUAUAUUAUUAUAUGAAUUUAGACCCCGUAGCAAGGCGUUUUAUACAUGAAAAUUCACUUUUUGAUCAAAAUAUUUUGGCGUAUGCUACAACAGAAAUAGUUGAAAUUGUUGAUUAUAGAUUUUUCAUAGAUAAAUCGUUUUAUUUAGUUAAGUGGAAAGAUUGGUCAGUAGGAUUUAAUACAUGGGAAUCUGAAAAAGCUCUAAGAUGUUGUCAAGAACACAUACUUGAAUUUGAAAACAAAAAAUAUUUUUUUAAUACACAUGUAAAUAUAAUGCAUCUAAUGUUAACUAGACAAAUCAUCACACAAUUAUUUGAAAAAUUCAGAACUUCAACUGGAUUAUCUUUGCCAUUAACCACACUUGAAGAAAUUUCUGUUAUAUCCAAUGCUCUUGGACAUGGUACUGAAAAUGCACAAAAAAUGAGAAAAAUGUGCUUGAAAACAUAUUUGACACAUUUGUCUUUGGAUUUUUUUAGACAACGACAGGAUCGUGAACUCAAAGAUUGGGAGAUACUUAUAAAUAUAAUUUCAAAGAAUUAUAACAUUAAAGUAGAAAAUAACAUGGACCUUGAAGAUCCACCAAUUUCAUUUGUGUACACUACAAAAUAUUAUAUUCCUGAAGGGAAAAUUAUCAUCCCAGACAAUCAUCCAUCCGGUUGUCUUUGUAAAAAGGACUGUUCAUUUGGUAUUAAUUGUUGCAAGACAUUAUCUGGUUCAGUUGCUUAUGAUAUAAAUAAGAAUGUAGUAGUAACCCCUGAUUUUCCAAUUUUUGAAUGUAAUAAGAAAUGUGUAUGUUCGUCAUCCUGUACUAAUAGAGUAGUUCAACAUGGUAGCAAUGUGAAAGUUUGUAUACAUAAAUCUAAGUCUCCUGGUUGGGCAUUAAAGACUUGUCAAAACAUCUAUAAAGGUCAAUUUGUAGGCAUAUAUGUUGGUGAAAUUAUUACAGUUGAAGAAUAUAAUCAGCGUUUACAAAAUUCCUCAUCUUCUAUCAAUUACACAUGGAAAUUAGACUUCAAUGAUUUUAAAUGCAUUGUUGAUAGUACACAUUAUGGCAAUUUCACAAGAUUCAUCAAUCAUUCGUGUAAGGCAAACUUGAAUAUACAUUUUGUAUGGAUUAAUUGCUUGAAUAAAUAUUUGCCAUACUUGGCUUUUUUUGCUAAUAGAAAUAUUUUAGCUGGAGAACAACUCACUAUUAAUUACUUUACCAGUAGAGGUAGAUUCUUUGAAAAAAUGUGGCAAUAAAUGUAAAUGUAAAUGUCAAAUGAAGAAAUGUAUAGGCUAUUAUUUUUAAUCAAUAAUUUUUGUCUAGGAAAUAAAUAUAAGUGUAGCAUAUUUUAUGAAUAAGGGUAAUAAUAUAUGGAAGACAGCCUUUUUAUUCCAAUUUAUAUUAUUAUUAUUUAAUUAAUUAAUCAUACUAAAUAAGUAACUUUAUUUAUAUGUAUAUAUUUAAAUUGAAAUCUAUUAUACUUAAACAGGUUAAUGAUUGAAAAAGUAUUGUAAAUUAAUAUAAGAUAAAUAUGUUUGAUAUAAUAUGAUCACUCAAGCAAGCCUAAGCUUAUAUUUUGUGUCGAUUUUUUCGUUGUUUUGAGAUCAUCUACAAAUAGCUUUAUUUACCAAUUCAAAAUAUAUUGUAAUUUGUAAAGAACUUUUUAAUUGUUACUUUUUCCAUAACAACAAUGAUUAAUAUUUGUAAAAUAAUGCCAUUAAAUGUGAAAUGAAUAAUUUUAAGGGUUAUUAUUUUUAAUCUAUAAUUUUAGUCUAAUAAGUAAUAUUAAGUGCCUGAUUUUUUUAUGUACCAAUGUACAAUGUAUUGUGCUCUAUACCUAAAAUAUUUUCUUAUAUCUGAGCGCACCGCAGUGCGCCAUGCCAAGUUUCAGCAAUGCCAGUAUAUCUUUACUCUAUUAUACUUAAACAGGUUAAUGAUUGAAAAAGUAUUGUAAAUUAAUAUAAGUUAAAAUGUUUGAUAUAAUAUGAUCACUCAAGCAAGCCUAAGCUUAUAUUUUGUGUCGAUUUUUUCGUUGUUUUGAGAUCAUCUACAAAUAGCUUUAUUUACCAAUUCAAAAUAUAUUGUAAUUUGUAAAGAACUUUUUAAUUGUUACUUUUUCCAUAACAACAAUGAUUAAUAUUUGUAAAAUAAUGCCAUUAAAUGUGAAAUGAAUAAUUUUAAGGGUUAUUAUUUUCAAUCUAUAAUUUUAGUCUAAUAAGUAAUAUUAAGUGCCUGAUUUUUUUAUGUACCAAUGUACAAUGUAUUGUGCUCUACCUAAAAUAUUUUCUUAUAUCUGAGCGCACCGCAUUGUGCCAUGCCAAGUUUCAGCAAUGCCAGUAUAUCUUUACUCUAUUAUACUUAAACAGGUUAAUGAUUGAAAAAGUAUUGUAAAUUAAUAUAAGUUAAAAUGUUUGAUAUUAUAUGAUCACUCAAGCAAGCCUAAGCUUAUAUUUUGUGUCGAUUUUUUCGUUGUUUUGAGAUCAUCU